AUGGUCAAUGGCAACGUUGCAGAUCUUUUAUGUCUAUUAAAACACUGCAACACCCUUAGAUCCGUCACACAAGUUCACACCCACAUCUUCAAAACCGGGCUCGACUCCGAUGCAUUCAUCACCGGAAACCUCAUCCUCCACUGCGCCACACUCAUCUCCGAUGCUCUCCACCACGCUUACUCUCUCCUCCUCCACCUCCCAAAUCCAGACGCAUUCAUGUACAACACCGUCAUACGCGGAUUCUCCGACUCAGAUCACCCACACAACUCUUUCACUACCUUCAUCGACAUGCGUCGGAACUCCAACAACCUGCAACCAGACAGCUUCUCCUUCGCCUUUUCUCUCAAAGCAGCUGCGAAUAUAAGAUCUUACAACACCGGGAUCCAACUCCAUUCUCAAGCAAUACUCUACGGAUUACACAACCAUCUAUACGUCGGGACAACGCUUGUCAGUAUGUACGCAGAAUGUGGGUGGAUCUGUCAUGCCCGGAAGGUGUUCGACGAAAUGUUUGAACCAAAUGUGGUGGCGUGGAAUGCCAUGAUUACAGCGUGCAUUAGGUGUUACGACGUAAAGGGCGCUGAGACAUUAUACAAACGUAUGCAGGUUAGAGAUAUACACUCCAGUAACAUCAUGUUAUCCGGGUAUAUGAAAUCAGGGGAAGUUCACCUCGCCAUGAAAUUGUUCUCCGAGAUGCCAUUAAAAGACGAUGUUUCCUGGAGCACAAUGAUCACAGGGUUUUCUCACAACGAAUGUUUCAAUGAAGCUUUCGAUCUCUUCCUACAGUCUCACAAGCUCGGAUCAAAACCUAACGAGGUAAGCCUAACUGGAAUUCUCUCUGUUUGUACACAAUCUGGUGAAUUCCAAUUCAGCAAGAUUCUCCAUUGUUAUUUAGAGAAAUCUGGGUUUGUUUCAAGAAUUUCUAUCACCAAUGCGUUAAUGGACACUUACUUUAAAUCCGGGAACAUAAAAAUGGCUCGUUUAGUUUUUGAAAAAAUGCCCGGAAAAAAGAACUUAGUUUCUUGGACAACAAUGGUGGCUGGAAUAGCAAUGCAAGGGUAUGGAGAAGAAGCCAUGAAGCUCUUCCAUGAAAUGGUGGAUUCCGGGGUUAAACCCGAUGGAAUUGCAUUCAUUUCCAUUCUUUACGCGUGUAGUCACGCGGGGUUAAUCGAACACGGAUGUAAAUACUUUUCCAUGAUGAAAAAUGAGUAUGGAAUUGAACCGAGUUAUGAACAUUAUGGAUGUAUGGUUGAUUUAUAUGGGCGAAGUGGGGAGCUUAAAAAGGCGUAUGAGUUUAUAAUGAAAAUGCCAAUUGAGGCGAAUGAUGUGAUUUGGAGGACACUUUUGGGGGCUUGUGGGAUUCAUGGUGAUGUGGAGUUGGGUGAGGAAGUGAGGAGGAGAUUGUUGGAAGUUGAUCCUAAUGAUUCGGGUGAUUGUGUUUUGUUGUCGAAUAUAUAUGCAAGUGUUGGGAAAUGGAAAGAUGUUGCGGGUGUUAGACAGAUGAUGGAUAGUCAGGGGUUGAUGAAAACCCCGGGAUGGAGUAUGAGUGAAGUUAGUUGA